CCUCCCUGGUCACACUGCUGGAGCAGAGAGAAGAGGCUUGAGAUGUGAGGGGACAGGAGUCAGGAACCAUGUACCCAGAGAAUCUUUCUGACUGUAACGACUCUGUAAAAGACUUUGAUCAACCCCUAAAACUUGCCAUCCAGCAAUGUGCGCACAGAGAGAAGCCAUCCAAGCAGGAAGACCAGGAUGAACCAGCUUCCGAUCAGCGUCUCAGGGUGCAUAGAGGAGACAUGCCCUAUGAAUGCAAAGACUGUGGGAAAGUCUUUAAAUACCGCUCGGUCCUCUACCAACACCGCAUCAUUCACACGGCCGCCAGACCCUACAAAUGUAAAGAGUGUGGCAAAGCUUUCAAGAGAAGUAGAAACCUCGCUCAGCACCAGGUGACACACAAGAGGGACCGACCACACAAGUGUGAAGAGUGCGGCAGAGCCUUUUCUGCGCUUUCGGUCCUUACCCAACACCGCAUCACCCACACCGGAGAGAAGCCCUUCAAGUGUAAAGAGUGCGGCAGAGCCUUUAAAUAUAACUCGACCCUUGCUCAGCACGAAGUCAUUCAUACCGAAGCCAAACCCUACAGAUGUCAGGAAUGUGGCAAAGCCUUCAAGAGAAGCCACACACUCAGUCAACACCAGAUAAUUCAUAAAGGGGAGAAACCGCACAAGUGUGAGGAGUGUGGCAGGGCCUUCAGUAAGCACUCGUCUCUUACCCAACACCAGGUCAUCCACACGGGAGAAAAGCCUUACCAAUGCAGAGAGUGCGGCAAAGCGUUCAGGUAUCAGUCAACCCUGACCCGCCACCACAUUGUUCACACCGGCGCCAAGCCCUACAAAUGCCCAGAGUGCAGCAAGGCCUUCAAUAACAGUUCGACCCUCAGUCGGCACCAGAUAAUCCACACAGGAGAGAAACCCUACAAGUGUCAGGAGUGCGGCCGGGCCUUUUACUGCGCCUCCUUCUUGAUCCAGCACAUGAAGAUCCACUUCGAGGAGAUGCCCUACAGAUGCAAAGAGUGUGGGAAGCCCUUCAGGCUCUCCUCCCAGCUUAUCCGGCACCAGAGAAUCCACACCGGGGAGGAGCCCUACAUCUGCAGAGAGUGUGGCAAGACCUUCAAGUAUCAGUCAAACCUGACCCGCCACCAGAUACUUCACACCGGCGCCAAGCCCUACAAAUGCCCAGAGUGUGGCAAGGCCUUCAAUAACAGUUCCACCCUCACCCGGCACCAGAUAAUCCACACAGGAGAGAAGCCCUACAAGUGUCAGGAGUGCGGCCGGGCCUUUUACUGCUCCUCAUACCUGAUCCAGCACAUGAAGAUCCACUUUGAAGAGAUUCCCUACAGAUGUAAAGAAUGUGGUAAACCGUUCAAGUGUUCUUCACAGCUUAUCCGACACCAGAGAAUCCACAGCGGGGAGAAACCCUACAUCUGUAAGGAAUGCGGCAAGGCCUUCAACUGUACGUCAUACCUCACUAAGCAUCAGCGCAUCCACACCGGGGAGAAACCCUACGUGUGUCAGGAGUGUGGCAAGGCCUUCAACUGUUCCUCCUAUCUUUCUAAACAUCAGAGAAUUCACAUUGGAGACAGACUCUAUAAAUGCACAGAGUGUGGCAAAGCCUACUGCUUUUCCUCACAGCUGAACCGACAUCAGAGGAUCCACACCGGGGAGAAACCCUACGUGUGUCAGGAGUGUGGCAAGGCCUUCAACUGUUCUUCAUACCUUCACAAGCACCAGCGCAUCCACAUGGUAGAAAAACCCUAUGUGUGUAAAGAGUGUGGCAAAGCCUUUAGCUGCUCCUCAUACCUUACUAAACACCAGAGGAUCCAUACCGGAGACAGACUAUACAAAUGCCCAGAGUGUGGCAAAGCCUACUGCUUUUCCUCACAGCUGAACCGACAUCAGAGAAUCCACACCAGAGAGAGACCCUAUAGAUGUAAGGAAUGUGGCAAGGCCUUUAUUACUUCCUCCAGCCUUAAGCGACACCAGGAAACUCACGCUCUCCAGAGACCAAACAGUGUGUAGAAUCUGUGUACAUGUGUAUGAGCAAAGCCUUAAUAGGGAGACAGUUGUUACCGGGCAUUUCGUGCACUUAGUGUCUUUAACAACUGCUGAACCUUCCAUUUGCACCAAAAAGGCCCAUCUAUGAGGGGAGACAAUACAGGUGGAAGGAAUCUGGCAAGACCUUUAAGUCCUGUGUGACACUGUCUCAGAGUGUGUACUAAACAACCAAUAGUUGAGAACUGUUACAGAUAUGAGAACAUGGUC